GUUCCCCCUCCCCUCCGGGGGCAGCAGCCACCAUGUUCUCCUGCGUGAAGGCCUAUGAGGACCAGAACUACUCGGCUCUGAAGCGAGCCUGUCUACGCAGGAAGGUGCUCUUCGAGGACCCCCACUUCCCUGCCACGGAUGACUCCCUCUACUACAGGGGCACCCCAGGGCCCACUGUCAGGUGGAAGCGGCCCAAGGACAUCUGUGAGGACCCCCGCCUCUUUGUGGAUGGUAUCAGCUCCCAUGACCUGCACCAGGGCCAGGUGGGCAAUUGCUGGUUCGUGGCUGCCUGCUCAUCACUUGCCUCCAGAGAGUCGCUGUGGCAAAAGGUCAUCCCUGACUGGAAGGAGCAGGAGUGGGACCCCGAGAAGCCAGACGCCUACGCCGGCAUCUUUCACUUCCAUUUCUGGCGCUUUGGGGAGUGGGUGGAUGUGGUCAUCGAUGACCGGUUGCCCACGGUCAACAACCAGCUCAUCUACUGCCACUCCAACUCCCGCAACGAGUUCUGGUGUGCUCUGGUGGAGAAGGCCUAUGCCAAGCUGGCGGGCUGUUACCAGGCCCUGGAUGGAGGCAACACGGCAGAUGCGCUGGUGGACUUCACAGGGGGUGUUUCUGAGCCCAUCGACCUGACUGAAGGGGACUUUGCCCACGACGAGGCCAAACGGAGCCAGCUGUUUGAGCGUGUGUUGAAGGUGCACAGCCGGGGAGGCCUCAUCAGCGCCUCUAUCAAGGCCGUGACAGCGGCUGACAUGGAAGCCCGCCUGGCGUGCGGCCUGGUGAAGGGCCAUGCGUAUGCCGUCACCGAUGUGCGGAAGGUGCGCCUGGGCCAUGGCCUCCUGGCCUUCUUCAAAUCUGAAAAGCUGGACAUGAUCCGGCUGCGGAAUCCCUGGGGCGAGCGGGAGUGGAACGGACCCUGGAGUGACACCUCAGAGGAGUGGCAGAAAGUGAGCAAGAGUGAGCGGGAGAAGAUGGGCGUGACCGUGCAGGAUGACGGCGAGUUCUGGAUGACUUUCGAGGACUUGUGUCGGUACUUCACGGACAUCAUCAAGUGUCGACUGAUCAACACAUCAUAUCUGAGCAUCCACAAGACAUGGGAGGAGGCCCGGCUGCGUGGUGCCUGGACGCGACACGAAGAUCCACGGCAGAACCGCAGUGGGGGCUGCAUCAACCACAAAGACACCUUCUUCCAGAACCCACAGUAUAUCUUUGAGGUCAAGAAGCCAGAGGAUGAAGUGUUGAUCUGCAUCCAGCAGCGGCCCAAGCGCUCCACCCGCCGGGAGGGCAAGGGCGAGAACCUGGCCAUUGGCUUCGAUAUCUACAAGGUGGAAGAGAACCGCCAGUACCGCAUGCACAGCCUGCAGCACAAGGCCGCCAGCUCCAUCUAUAUCAACUCCCGCAGCGUCUUCCUGCGCACGGAGCAGCCCGAGGGCCGCUACGUCAUCAUCCCCACCACCUUUGAGCCGGGUCACACGGGAGAGUUCCUGCUCCGAGUCUUCACCGACGUGCCCUCGAACUGCCGGGAACUGCGCCUUGAUGAACCCCCUCGAACCUGCUGGAGCUCCCUGUGUGGCUACCCCCAGCAAGUGACCCAAGUUCAUGUCCUGGGGGCUGCUGGCCUCAAGGACUCCCCAACAGGAGCCAAUUCUUACGUGAUCAUCAAGUGUGAGGGUGACAAAGUCCGCUCAGCUGUGCAGAAAGGGACCUCAACACCUGAGUAUAACGUGAAAGGCAUUUUUUACCGGAAGAAACCAGGCCAGCCCAUCACCAUCCAGAUCUGGAACCAUCGUGUGCUGAAGGAUGAGUUUCUGGGCCAGGUGCAAUUGAAGGCUGAUCCAGAUGACCUCCAGGCCCUCCACACCCUCCACCUCCGAGAUCGAAGUAGCCGGCAGCCCAGUGACUUGCCAGGCACCGUGGCCGUGCACAUCCUCAGUAGUGCAUCCCUCACAGCUGUCUGACACCUGCUCUAGCAGCUCUCACCACCACCUUGCAUGUCCCCACCAGGCCUGGGUCCAGCCUGAGAGCCAGACACUAGAGUUUUUUCCACUCUUCCACUGCCUUGCUGUGUGACCUUGGGAGAUCUCUGUCCCUCUCUGAGUCCCAGUAUCCUGAGGGCCUCAGAGCAUUCCUUUCUUGUCAGGGCAUCUUGCCUGAGAUUUCAAAAUAGCCCUCCCUGCCCCAGGAUCGCCACUGCUACGGGAGUCUAUCCGUUGAAAAUGGUUCCAGGCCCUGCUGUCUGCCAAGGAGUGCCAAGAAGAUGUCACUUGUUUACAAAUUUCUGUGUUCCCCAUGUCCCACUCCUGGCCCUUAAUUCUCAGCACCCCCCCCCAGUCCCUUUUGAGUCACAUUGAAAGGACUUUUCCUGGCCAGCUGUGGAUUCAUGCUCAGGCUGGAACUGGAGAAAGGUGCGGGUGACAUUUCCUUCUCUUGUCCUCCCUAUCCAUUUAGUCACUCAGGGGAGAUUUUCCAGGAGGGUAAGAGGUGCCUGGGAGGCCCCAGAUGAAGCAGAACCCCCUCCCUGGCAUCCACCUCCACUCUGUCCUUGGGUCUUCUCAGAGACCGAUACCCAGCCAAGCAACAGACAUCUUCUCACUGCUACUUUCCAGCCCCUGCCUGGUCUGAAACCCCUGGAGAUGGGGUGGCUGAGGUGAUGUGGGAAGGAUGGGGCCCAAUCAGUGGGUUGUGGCUGUGGGGACACAGGGACAGGCUCUUGCUCCUUUGUUGUAAGCCCCCAGAUUUUCCUGAGAGAAGAGACUCGAGCAGGUGGUGCCAGGCCAGACCCACGAAGGCAGAUCACCUGUUCGGUGACCCAGCCAGAGUUCUUCUGUGAAUGUUCCCCCAACCAGCCUCCGUGUUGUCUUGAGGCCUGGGCCAGAACAUUCCUUCUUAGCCAUCUCUUUUAUGUCCUUUUUGUGUUUUCAACUCAUUUUUAACCAGGGGAAACCGAGCUCUCUUUUUCUUCUUGAACUCUGAUUUUUUGAGGGUCCUCUGGUUUUACUUUGGCUCCACCUGGGGAGAGAGAUGGGUGAGGGCAAACCUUCUGAGAGGAGGGUGAAGAGUGAGCAGCUGGCACCCUGGUGUGUGCAAGCUGGUGCUGCCAGGCUCCUGUGGAGCUGUUAGUGCUGCAGUGUGCCAUGCUUAGGUUCCUAGAGCAGGGCGGGGGUAUGGGGGGGUGGGAUGUUGCAGAAUGGCGAUUUGUUGGGGGAACCCAACAUCUGACCCCAGAGCCCAAUGUGGGGUUUGGGAUCCUGGUGGAGGUGCUAGAUUCUGACUUCUUUGCCUUGCUCACCACUGGCUGUGCAUUAAGAGGGGCAAGGCAGUAAAAAGACAAGGGCCAGAGAUUCCUUCUCAAAAGCUGAGGUUUCCAGUGGGUGGUAUGGGCCUGGGACUGUGCACAUGACCAGGAGCUAGUCACUUAAACCUCCUGUGCCUCGACUUCUCCCUCUGCUAAGUGAGGCCCAUGACUCCUGUGUAUUAGCCCCUCACUUGGAAAGGGAGGGAGGGAAGAUAACACCCCUUUCUUUGUGGACCUCGUCACCCUCAUGUAAUCACCAUUGUCAAUAGCUGUGGCACAUUCAGACUUCUGAGUCAGGGCUGGAGAGGUGAGCCUCAGGCAGCUUCACCAGUGGAAUUCUGCUCGGCCAUAUCCCCCUGGGAUGCAGGGACAGACCUGAACCAAGGGGUACACUGGUGUAGGCUUCCCCUGGGGGCUGGGCACUGCCUCCUACUCCCAGCAUAAUUGGUAUGGCAGCCCUGCCUCCUGCUCCUUCAAGUAGGCCAGGCUGGCUCCUGGCUGUGCGGGAACCUCUGUCCCCAGGAAGUUCUGGUGACCAUGCAGAAGAGGAUGGGUCAAAGGGGGAAUAGUUGCUUUGUUCACCUUUUGCACCCAGGAGGUCUUACUGUCCCCAUUUGCUGAUAAGUGUGGCCUGCAGCCAUGCCACCCUGCGCUUACCCUCCUCCAGGGGUCACCACAGAAUAGAGAAGAGAAGGCCUGUCCUGAUUUCAGAAUAAAUGUAACUGCAAUUCUGGAAAAAC